AUGGGUAAACGAAAAGAAUAUCAAGUUAGUUUAGUUUCUCUUGGCUUUAUAGACGAAAACUUACAUUAUGGACCAUUUUCUCGAGAUUGGUGGGAAACGCGAUGCGUAAAAAAUAUAACUAAAACUCCAAUAUUAUAUCCUAUUCGUAUAAAUAUGAAAACUUUAGUUAUUCUUCAAAAUAUACAAUUUUUUGUUACUGUUAUUCAAGGCCAUAUUGGUUCUUUGCAACAACCAGGAUAUAUUUGUGAAGCAGGAGAUCUAAAAAGCGCUGUUUUUAAUAAUCCUUCAGGUGCCAUAACUACACUUUAUCAACAACUUUUUAAAAAUAACACACGAUUUUCUGGUUCUCUUAUUAUGGGUCAUGAUAAAACAGAAAUUGGAGAAAAACUUUUAAAGGAUGUUAAUUUUCGUCCAUUUUGUUGUUGUCUUGGAAAAUUCUGGUUAUUUGUAUAUGGAAUUGGUAUAUCUUCAGAUGAACAAUUAUAUUAUGCGGGUCCAGGUUUUAGAUCAUCUUUUUAUUAUUCAAUUGGAGCAAAGAAAAAAUGA